GAAAAAUUAGUCACGUGACCGUUCCGUUUCGCGACGAAAGGUCCGACGGAAUUGGAAAGAUUUCGUCGAAUCGACGCCGAUUUCGCCGCAGAUCGAUCGCAUUCGUUCGAAUCGCGAGUGAUUCGCAAUAGGAGUUGUCCUUGAAGCAAACGCGAUUACAACGAAUAAUUUGAAAGGGCGACUGUACUCUGGACGAAAGCGGAGUUUCAUUCGGCCAUGUUCAGCCAGCUUCGACGGAAUUGUAUUGACCCGCGAAAUCGUUUAUUCGAAAUAUUGAUAAUGCCUCCUCCCUAGAUUCGAAUCGGACGGGCAACGUUCUCGCAACCGCGUUCUCGCUUUACGAACCGAGAAUUUGAUUAAUUUCGCGAAUCAGUAGGAUAAAGAGUGGGCGCGCGAAACAGCCAAGUGGAAAAACGUCGACGAUUGAAAUAUCCUUUCGAGCUAUAAAAUCAAUUUGGAUUCGAGAGUUUUCGAAUGCGAAGACUUGUUCGAGGAUCGUUUCGAACGAGGUUAUAGUUGUUCGACGAUUCGCAGGUUACGCGGUUACGAAUUAACGACAGCGGAACAAGGUACUUGAAUCGGCUGGCCGACUGUACGUGGCGGAGAUGGGCGGGUGUACGAAGGGUUGCCGGAUCGCAGGCUGUUGCAACAUCCGACAAUCAAAUCUGGACGUAGUGAGGAUCCAAACGAACGUCAGUGAUGAAGCUGUUGUUGGUUGUCGUACCUUUGCUGGUUCUCUGCUCGAUCCAGCCGUUGAUCGUUCGCGGGACGCGACCGAGAUUCGUCUCCGACAAGAUGAUCGCAACCGCGGCCGGUGUGGUGAACGCCUGCCAGACUCAGACCGGAGUAGCCACAGUGGACAUAGAGGCGGUUAGAAACGGAACUUGGCCGGAAACACGGCAGCUCAAGUGUUACAUGUACUGCCUGUGGGAACAAUUCGGUCUGGUCGAUGACAAAAGGGACCUCAGUCUGAACGGCAUGCUCUCGUUUUUCCACAGAAUACCAGCCUACAGAGCGGAAGUUCAGAAAGCGAUCAGCAAGUGCAAGGGGAUCGGUAAAUAUUUUGCAAAAGGAGACAACUGCGAGUACGCGUACGUGUUCAACAAAUGUUACGCGGAAUUUUCUCCACGGACCUAUUACCUAUUUUAAACGACUCGACGCGAAAACGGAUAUCGUCGAACGCGUCGUCGCGAGCUUUUCCGCCGACUCGCUUUUCGCUUGACCGUCUAUUCAAACUGUACUCGUAUCUAUGUAAUUCCAUAACCGUUUCGUACAAAACCAUAAUAAAAGAAACUCUCC